CUACGAUGAUCCCCGAGCGGAGCCGGUCAAUCUACUGCAUACUUUACUGCGUCACUUUUCGUUCAAACUAUUAACCGGUCAACAAUGGCGCCUGCAAAGCCAAACAAAGUGUCGCGCAUCACAGUGGCUUGUAAUUCCUGCCGGUUCCGGAAACAGAAGUGCAGCGGAAAUAAGCCAAUUUGCACUCAAUGCGACCAGCACAAUCGGUCGUGCGACUGGCCCGAACAGUUGAAACGUGGGCCGGCAAAAGGUUACAUAGAAGCCUUGGAACACCGUCUUCAUGAAACAGAGAGUCUUCUUCUGAAUCUUCUCGCCCAGAUCCCAGACUCUCAGCUCUCUGCCAGUGUCCAAGGACGCCAAGAUCGUUCAAGCAGGCAUCGGAACAGCGGCAGUCCGCCUCAAACGUACUCGUCAUCUUCCCGCCUCGGAAAGCGAGGCACCGACUAUUGGAAGAAGUUUCCUCUACACACAGUACAGGAAAUCCGGGACUGGCAGAAUGACUGUUUGAGCAAUGAAGGAGAUGGUUCGUCACGGCACUCUUCGGGACCUGAAGCCGUUGAGCGUCCUUCUGUCUCACACCCUGAAUAUCAACCGGAGACUGGAUCUCCAAAAGACCAGAUGCCCGAGUUCCAAGGACAUCGCGAAAUGCCUACGCUACCACGGAUACACCAGAUUGAUAUACCCAAUAGCCCGAUCGAUGUCGGUUUAUCGUCGGCUAAAGUUCCAUAUAGCAGCGCAUUAGAUGGUGAGGCCAGGGAGAAUCGUCCACGAAUGGAUCCUGUUUUCGAAGCGAUACAGUAUCAACGCGCUCGAGCGGAAGCGGUCCAUGGAUUUCCUAGUUUGCAGAAACCGAGUCUGUGGAGGGGUGCACCUCCUGUGAGCUUUCAACAACAAUUUCUUUGGUAGUCUAUCAGACAAGAGAUAUACGGGGCAUGCAAGCGAUUGUUGACGGUAGAGCUGGUCCGUCGCUGGGACGUCACAACUUUAUAUCUUCGCGUUGUGUCUUUAUGGAAGACUGCUUAUUUUAUUAUGGAGGAGUCCUUGGGUCUACUGGUUAAAGGGGACCUAUAUGCUGUAUAUACAAUGGCCUAGUCAUAUAC